AUGCGAAUCCAGCGGAGUCUCCCGCCGCUUCUGGCUCAUGGACGCACCGCGAUGAUACUUCCAUACCUCUUAGUGCUUGGAGUCAUGACGACUAUAACUAUCCCUCAGAAUCAUCAUUGCCCUGUUGGAUUUUUCCCAUGUGGGAAUACCUCGUCAUGUCUGCCGCAGUCAUUGCAUUGCAAUAAAAUUGAAGAUUGUGAAAACGGAGCUGAUGAGAAAGACUGUGAUGAUAAUACCGGCUUGGCAAUUACAUUUGAAAACUAUUUUAGGCCAACUUACAAUGAAUUAUCAGAUGAUUGCUUACUUCAACAUUUCCCGCAGAAGUGUGAUUGCAAAGCAACACAACUGGUAUGUGAGAACAGGAAUCUACACAAUGUGCCACAGGUCUCAGAAAAUGUGACUCUUCUGUCUCUGAAGAGCAAUAAGAUCAAAAGCCUGCCUGACGAUGCUUUCCUCAUGUUCUCUGACCUGAAGGAAUUAUACCUGCAGCAUAACCAAAUGCAAUCUAUUUCAAAAACUGCCUUUUGUGGACUUUACAAUCUCAAACGAUUGUACAUCAAUCACAAUCAUAUCACUUCAUUGAAGCCAAGACUAUUUCAAGACCUUCAUAAUCUGGAAGUUUUAAUUCUUGAUGACAACCUUAUAUCAAAAAUCUCACCACGGAUAUUUAUUGGACUGAAAUCUUUAUGUAUUUUAUCUAUGGUAAACAAUUUAUUGGAAAACCUACCAAAGAGAACAAUAUGCGCUGAAGUCCCAAAAUUGUGCCUGAUGGAUCUUGACAGAAAUCGUAUCAAGUCAUUGGAUGAUUCAACUUUCCUGAAAUGUGAUAAACUGGCUGUGCUGUAUAUUCAGCGGAAUGAAAUUGCUACCAUUUCCGAAAAGACAUUUGCUACAUUACACAGUUUGAUAGAUCUGGAAUUGUCAUCAAACAAGAUUCAGGAACUCCCCAAACAUCUAUUCAAAAAUACUAAAUUACUGAAAAAAUUGAAUAUAUCUGACAAUCCAAUCAAUUUUGUUCAUCUUGAACAGUUUGAUAAUCUCAAACACCUUCAAUCUCUUGGUAUUGAAGGAAUAGAAAUUACAAACAUAGAAAGCAGAAUGUUCAAACCCAUGACAAAUUUGGAACAUAUAUAUUUUCAAAAGUUUCAGUACUGUGCAUAUUCUCCUCAUGUACGGAGUUGUAAACCAAAUACAGAUGGCAUAUCUUCUUUUGAAGACCUACUAGCAAGCAUCAUCCUCAGAGUUUUUGUCUGGAUCAUAGCUUGUCUCACAUGUUUUGGAAACCUUCUUGUCAUUUUUAUGAGGUCAUUUAUUCGAGCUGAAAAUAAACUUCAUACUAUGUCCAUAAAAAUUUUAUGCUGUGCUGAUUGUUUGAUGGGAGUAUAUCUAUUCUUUGUUGGAAUUUUCGAUGUCAACUAUCGUGGGGAGUACAACAAACAUGCACAUCGAUGGAUGGAAAGUGUCCAGUGUCGAAUGAUAGGAUUUCUGGCCAUGCUUUCUACAGAAGUUUCAGUUUUGCUAUUGACUUACCUGAGUCUGGAGAAGUAUGUGGUCAUUGUCUUUCCAUUCAGUAACAUCAAGCCAGGAAAGCAACAGACUUUGAUAAUACUCAUUUCCAUUUGGCUUAUUGGAUUUAUUAUUGCUACAAUUCCACUCUGGAAUGAAGAUACAUUUGGAAAUUACUAUGGAAGAAAUAGGGUUUGCUUUCCUCUUUAUGCAGACCAAAUUGAAAAGGAUGCUGCAAAAGGCUAUUCCAUUGGAAUAUUCCUUGGCUUGAAUCUGAUUGCCUUCAUCAUAAUUGUCUUCUCUUACUUCAGCAUGUUUUAUUCUAUUCACAAAACUGGAAUCCAGACACCAGAAAUGAAAAGACAUAUUCGAAGUGAAGUUGCAGUGGCUUACAGAUUUUUCUUCAUAGUGCUCUCGAAUGCUUUCUGUUGGAUCCCAAUUUUUCUCUUGAAAGUCCUUUCAUUGAUUCAGGUGGAGAUUCCAGGAGCAAUUACGUCAUGGGUGGUUAUAUUAAUACUCCCAAUAAACAGUGCCUUGAACCCAAUUCUCCAUACGCUCACAACCACUUUCUUCAGGGAAAAGAUGAAACAGUUUCUUUGCAAGCAUUCAUGUAAAGGAAAGGACUCCUGGACAGAGAACUCUUCAAAACAGUCAACCUCGUCAGUUAAAUUUAGAUUUUUAAGAAGGAUAUCUGCUUUAGAAAACAUACUGACUUCAAGACAUCACUGA